UUGGCUGGGCUGGGUUCUUUUGUCCUCUGACCUGGAACGUUCGUACUUUUACUGGGUCUUUCCCUCGCCCUUUUGGAGUGGAUUCAAGCCUGGUCCGCCCAGAGGACAGUGACACAACAGAGCCAUCCUGUCUCUCGCUCCUUGUGGGGGGCACAAGCCGGUGAUCUGCUGCCUGUGUUUUACAGACACACAUGCACUGGCCUGUGGUGGUUGAGCCCCAUGAACAUGACUGGCAGAAAGGAGGGGUGAGGGAAUGAGGAAAUGAUCCGUUUGUUUCCAUCUUUAAAAAAAAAAAAUGCUUUCUCAUAACCACAACCAAAGAUGGAGGCAGCAGCAUUUAGCAAAGUGACUGCUGCAAAUAUUUCUACUUUUAAUUCUGAAGAAUAAUCCACAUUGAGUAAACCAAAAGUAUAGCACCAGAUCAGCUGGUGUCAUUUCCAAAGCGGUGAAGGGAGUGCAAGAGUGUCUGGGAUUAUUAUUUUCAUAGGAGACUUGGCACAAUCUGGUUAAUUGCGAAGGAAAAUAUUUACUUGUCAGGCAUAUUUUGAUGAGUCUCAGAGGUAAAUUAUCUAUGCUAAAGACAAUCCAAAGAGGGUGUGAACACUACUGGAAACAGCAAAAUCACCCUAACUCUUUACACAAGACCCUGUGUUGUAAUUCCAUGGCAAUCGGGACCUCAGUCCUAUGACUAAGGGUGAGUUAUGGGAUUCUGUAGCAAACUGCAGCUAUGGACUUGUACAAUAAAUGCGGCCCUGGACAGCAUGCUCAUUCUUUCUCGCCCGCCAUUCUGCUGGGACUGGACUCUGUGUGUGUUUCUCCCCAGGUGUGGGUUUUUAAUGUAAUUUGUUGCUUUAAGUUAGAAACCUUUUGUUCCUAGACUUUCUAAAUUAGAGAUACAUUUUUAAAAAGCAGGUGAAAAUGCCUUGGUUAUGAGCAUACACUAAAAAGUCUGAUUUUAGUUUUCUGAGAAUAUGAAAUCUGAUCUUGCCUGUUAACUUAGCACAGUGGGACUCCUGGGUUCUCAAAGGGGGGGACAGGAGAGCAAUGGGGUUAUAUGACACCCCCGGUUACCAGUGGCAUACGACACUCCUGGCACUUCACAAUACCCAGUGCGCAGUGAUGCAUCUGGGGCUAAGCAGCCCAUGGACAUAUGGGAAUGAAGGUGUACAGGUGCCAAGCACAAUGGGUUGAAGCCAUCAAUCCCAAAAGUAUAAACGAAGUCUAGUUCAGCCCCCAAAGGAGCCUGCACCAUGUCAGGGGACUCCCAAGGGGACAAGCUCCUGAGUACUCUGGGCUACAAGUUGGGCCAGACCCUGGGUGAGGGCAGUUACUCCAAGGUGAGGGUGGCUACCUCAACCAAGUACAAGGGCCUGCUAGCCAUCAAGGUGGUGGAUCGGCACCGGGCACCGCCCGACUUUGUAAACAGGUUUCUGCCACGGGAGCUCUCCAUCCUGCGGCUGAUCCGGCAUCCUCACAUUGUACAGAUCUUUGAGUUCAUCGAGGUCUGCAAUGGGAAACUCUACAUCGUGAUGGAAGCAGCGUCCACUGAUCUGCUCCAGCUGGUGCAGCGACUGGGGAGAAUUUCUUGUGCCCCUGAGGCCCGGGACAUCUUUGGACAGAUUGUGAGUGCCGUGCGCUACCUUCAUGACCGGAACCUGGUGCACCGGGACCUCAAGUGCGAGAACAUCUUGCUCACCUCUGAUGGCCGCCGGGCAAAGCUCACUGACUUUGGCUUUGGCAAGGAGGCACAUGGCUACCCAGAUCUGAGCACCACCUACUGCGGAUCAAGUGCCUAUGCCUCCCCUGAGGUGCUGCUGGGCAUUCCCUAUGACGCCAAGAAGUACGACAUAUGGAGCUUGGGCGUGGUGCUUUACGUGAUGGUGACCGGCUGCAUGCCCUUUGAUGAUACCCACAUCCACAGCAUGCCCCGCCGCCAGAAGAAGGGGGUCCUCUACCCAGACAGUCUUCCCCCUCUGCCUGAGCCCUGCAAAACCCUCAUUGCCCAGCUGCUCCAGUUCAGUCCAGCUUCCCGGCCUGGGGUGGGACAAGUAGCCAAGAACAGCUGGCUGAAAGGGGAAGUCUAAAAAGAAGCAGCUUUUCCACUCUAGUUCCACAUAGUCUAGCUGAGACACCAGCUGUGUGGAGCUCCAGCAAGAGCGGUGUUUAUCAUGUGAAGCAGUUGGCAGGAGGUUUACGAAAAAACUGACCACGUGAAGCUGGUGAGGGUAAUUAACUGAGCAACAACCAUGUGGUGUUGCUGGCAAGGAGGGAUUUAAAUGGAGAGCAAUCACACCAAGUUGUCAGCUGUGGAUGGACUCUGAGCACAUGGAGCAUUGAAGUGCUGCCUGCUGACUACCACGUUUGUAGUACAGCCCCUGGGCAGUGUGCGGGACACUGCACUCCUGCCAGCUAGCUGUCUUGGACAUUUUGCCAGAGUCCAUUGUGUUCAGAGAUGCAGGUAGCUGGAAAGAGACACUAUUUGCCUGCAACCUCCAUGAUUGCAAUAAAACUCUCUCUGUUCUUUGCUGCUGCCUCACAAUGCUGCUCCCUGCAUUGUGCACAGCCAAACAGGACAGGGUCCGGUAUGAGUCACAUUGGCAUUUGUGGAAGGAACACUGCAAGGAGUGCGUGGGUGGGUUCACCUUACAUUAGAUCUUAUAACCCUUUUCCCUUCUGUCUAAUUCUUAUUCCAUCUAUUCGCUAGCCUUUCUUUUGGAACUAAAACAAUCUAAAUAGCCUUCUGCUUUGGAGAGGUUCAAAACCAAACCUGGAUCCCAAGCCAGAACUGGAACUCUACAUCCAAACUCCCUGAACUUUGGGUGUAUCUGACAUCCAGAUUUCACACCACAUUCGCUAUCCUCCCCAUCUAGUGGCGGCCAAAGCGUGGCUGGAUAGGGCGUAGCAUUUGGCCUUAUCUUUUAAUUUCUAUGUUCAGAAAUGUUUAGAUGAACGCAGUUAUAAAACAUCUCCACCCAUGUUCUGAAGCACUCUGGCCAUGCUUGAGUCCCAGUCCCAUUCAUGCACACGUUUAAUUGUACCCUGUGAAGUAUCCCCACUGAGCUCAACUCACAUUGCUUAA